UCAGUCUGCCAGCAUUAGGUAUAUAACCAAUACUACACAUGAAACGCUUAUAAAGGCAUGUACCACAUAGUAAAAUUAAACAGAUACUACUUGCUAUCACAGAAUAAGCAGUUGGACUCAACUCUCCGGGAUGUUGUGGAAAUUUAGCUUUUGCACUAUCAUAACUGCCUUCCUAACAAGUGCAACUUUCUUUUUCACUGGUGGUGCUAACCAGAUAACUGGCGUUGCUGGAAUUGCUGGCAUUGUAAAAAUCCAAGAGCUUAAAGAUAUAAAGCAGAGUAUUGAUGACCUCAAGGGUUUGACCCAAAAAGAAAUCCAAAACCUCCAACAUCAAAUGCAGACUUUGAAGUCAAUGAUGGAUCAAAUUGCAAGAAGACAACACAUUCCAGUUUUCCAUGCUGAGUCAUCCGAAGGUCAUUACAAGCUUUCAUUUAACCAAGCCAAACAGGAAUGCAUUGAACGUGGUGCCAAAAUCGCAACACCAGCCCAACUGCGCGCUGCAUGGGAAGACGGACUUGGUGUCUGUGCAUUUGGUUGGGCAUCUGACGGGAAAGUUUAUCUUCCUAUCCGUUACUCUAGACCUGGCUGUGGGUAUAGCAGAGCCCUGACAUCUGGAUACAUGGACUGGAUCAACCAAAAUACUGGUGGGAAGGCAGACGUUUAUUGUUUCAAGCUUUAACUUUAUCACAAAAAUACAGCUACUCUGUUUUUGCCAGCCAAAAAUUGCUGAAUAAAAUGUCGAAACAAAUUUGAUUUUUUAA